AUGUCCGAACACGCGAUUAAGCCCCCGGCGCGACAAAUGGACGAGUUCGAAGAGCUCGUCUACGCGUAUACGACCCGAAUGGGCCUGGGCAACGAAGAGCACUGGGACGUCGAUGCGCGCAACUGCAACCUGCGCUUCGAAUCCGCGACCCGCGGCCCGCCGGCCAAGGUCUCCUUCCUCAUUAACAUCACCCCGGCUCUCAGCAACUACAUGGGCAACUUGCACGGUGGUUGCGCUGCGACACUGAUCGAUGUUCUUUCUACGACGAUUCUGCUGGGAGUUUCGGAACCGGGGAAGUUUUCCUUCGGCGGUGUAAGCCGCAAUCUCAAGUUGACCUACCUGCGCCCUGUGCCGACGGGUAUGGAGGCGCGGAUAGUUUGUGAGUUGAUUCAUGCCGGGAGGCGCUUGGCACUGCUACGGGCGGAGAUUCAAAAGGCGGAUACUGGGGAUGUAUGCGUGGUUGGGGAGCAUGAGAAGGCGAAUACGGACCCGGAGGAGAAUCAGAGGAUUUAG